AUGUCCACUCCCAUCGACAAAGCCCUCAACUCCAAGAACCUCUUCAUCGGCUUCGCAGCUCUCAUCACAGCAGCCACAGCCUGGUCAGUAUGGGGUCAAGAUAUGUUCCCAGCAGCAUCCUCCGACUCGAAAUCGGAAUCGGCAAAUACCACCACGCAACCGGAAACUUGGAGUGAGGCGGAAUUGCGAAGGUGGCUUAAGAAGAGGAAUUUGCCGAUUUACGACACAGAGUCGCGAAAGGAUUUGUUGAAGAGAGUUCAGAAUAUUCUCUCAAACCUUCACGCGAGUUCUCCGCAAGGGGAUGCAGGGAAGCCGGCAUCAGAUGGGGAGUGA